CUGCUGCGUCAAGAGCCUGUGCUUGAGACCCCAGCCGGCCAGGACUCACUUCCUCCCCACACAGGGCUGGGCGGGGCGAGCAGGAAGGGGCCUCUUACAGUCAAGGUGACGCACCCCUGCCUGGCCAGCCCGAGCAGCAGCUGGGUCAGUGGGACAACAGGAGCACAGGCCACCUUUCCCCUGAGGGCUUCAGAUGGACCUGUGCCACCCAGACCCGGUGGAGCUGAGCAGCAGGGAGGCAGAGGAGCUGCAGCGCAUCAAGUGGCACCGGAAGCAGCUUCUGGAGGACAUCCAGAAGCUGAAGGAUGAGAUCGCGGAUGUGUUUGCCCAAAUCGACUGCUUCGAGAGCGCAGAGGAGAGCCGCAUGGCCCAGAAGGAGAAGGAGCUGUGCAUCGGGCGCAAGAAGUUCAACAUGGACCCCACCAAGGGCAUCCAGUAUCUCACUGAGCACAAGCUGCUGACCCCCGACGUCCAGGACAUCGCCCGGUUCCUGUACAAGGGCGAGGGCCUCAACAAGACAGCCAUUGGCACCUACCUGGGGGAGAGGGACUCCGUCAACCUGCAGGUCCUGCAGGCCUUCGUGGACUGCCACGAGUUCGCCAACCUCAACCUCGUCCAGGCCCUCAGGCAGUUCCUGUGGAGCUUCCGGCUGCCCGGGGAGGCGCAGAAGAUUGACCGGAUGAUGGAGACCUUUGCCACUCGAUACUGCCUCUGCAACCCGGGCGUCUUCCAGUCCACAGACACCUGCUACGUGCUGUCUUUCUCCAUCAUCAUGCUCAACACCAGCCUCCACAACCCCAACGUGCGGGACAGGCCACCUUUUGAGCGCUUCGUGUCCAUGAACCGUGGCAUCAACAACGGCAGCGACCUGCCCGAGGAGCAGCUUCGGAACCUCUUCGACAGCAUCAAGAGUGAGCCCUUCUCCAUCCCUGAGGACGACGGCAACGACCUCACUCACACCUUCUUCAACCCGGACCGCGAGGGCUGGCUGCUCAAGCUGGGGGGCCGCGUGAAGACGUGGAAACGGCGCUGGUUCAUCCUGACCGACAACUGCCUCUACUACUUCGAGUUCACCACCGACAAGGAGCCACGGGGAAUCAUACCCCUGGAGAACCUCUCGGUGCAGAAGGUGGACGACCCCAAGAAGCCAUUCUGCCUGGAGCUCUACAGCCCCGGCUGCCGGGGCCAGAAGAUAAAGGCCUGCAAGACCGACGGCGACGGCAAAGUGGUGGAGGGCAAGCACGAGUCCUACCGGAUCUCGGCCUCCAGCGCAGAGGAGCGUGACCAGUGGAUCGCGGCCAUCCGAGCCAGCAUCACCCGCGUCCCCUUCUACGACCUGGUCUCCGCUCGGAAGAAGAAGAUUGCCAGCAAGCAGUGAGCUUCCUGGAGGUGGGGCUGGGGCCAGGUGUCCUGGGAACCUGUGACCUGGGCAGGUACCUGGAGACCCACCUCCCGCAGUGGCGCACACUUUCCUGGCUGCAGACAUCCUCCCUCUCCCCACAUUACUUGGGCUGACUGUAGAGGGGGAGGCGGAGCCCAGGAGGGUAGUGGGAACCUCAGGGGGCUCAGAGCCUGGCAGGGAGGCCCCCUGGCCCUGGGCACCCAGCCAUAGCCAAGAAAGGCCGCCAGGCCCCCGCCCUAAGUCCACUACAGUAAAGGGGGAGAAAAGGAAGUGAAGAGAAACCAGCCCCAGAACCCAGCACCCGUCUUCCCUCUGGACAUCAGAGUCCUCGUCUCUGAAGUAGCUCCCUGCACGCAGAAGUGCUGUCGGCCCUCAAAGCAGUAGGGGCCAGGGGUCCCUGGGGGCUCCUGCCCUCCUGCUCCUCCUCCUGCUCAGAGGGUAUCUCUGCCAGCUCGUCCCUUGUCCUCAGGUCAGGGUUGGACACACACACAGGGCUCAGCACAAACACACACACGCACACACACACAUGUCUGCGCACACACAGCUCAGACCCACGGACGGGACUCCAGAGAGACAACAGGAGCACUGGACUGGGAGCCCAGACCGCUCAGUCUGUCCCAGCUCUGCCUCUGACUCACUGUGUGCUCUCUGCCACGUCAUGGUCCCUCUCUGGAUCUUGCAAGACUGCAGUGUUUGGGCUAGAAACGUCCUGGCUCCUGCUAGCUCUGGACCCAGCGUCCGGCUGGAAAUGCAGCACUUGCUCACUGAGCCCGGGAAACUCUGGAGACUGCUGGGAAGAGGAGAGCAGAGGGGGCUCCACCCUCAACGGCGUCCAUUUGGGGAAGAGGAGCAAGUGGGACCCCUCAAGGAAAUGACAGCGAGUGUCCCAGAUGGAUGGGACUCAAGCAGAAUGGGCACUACAACCAAGAAACCAAGAAGAGAGAACUUUGUGGGCUGUGGUUACCAGGAGGACUGCCUGGAGGCAGCGGUUGAGCCAACAAGUGACACAGGGCUCAUGCUUGGAGAGGCAGAGUCUUGGCCAUGGCUCCCCUGGAGCAGGACCAGCGGUGCCACGGUGGUGAGGGGCAGCCCAGUGGGUCCCAGCAUCUCAAGGCCAUCUGCGGCAGCAUCAGAGUAGGGCUGACUUUCCAUACACGGGCAGACGGCUCCGUCUCUGGGGAGGCCCAGCCUCGGGGAAGAUUCCACUAGCUGGAAGCACUUCUCACCCUCUCACACAGGCUCCAGGGAGCCCCUAGAGGGAAAUUCCUUGGCAUUGGAACAGGAAAUGGGGUUGCUUCUGCCCCACUGCCAGCCUGAGUGGCAAGUGAGCGGGAGCAGGUGGACUCCCCAGGAGGAACUGUAGCUCGCCGGGCACGUGCAUACCUUCCACGGGGUCAGGAUGGAGUAGCUGCCUUGUAAAGCGGUGAGAUCCCCGUCUCUGGAGGUGUGCAAGUACCUGGUAGUGACAUUGCACUGGAGAAGGUCUGGCCUGGUGCCCACACAAGGAGGCCUUGCUGGUUGGUUGAGGAUUUCCACAGAUUCAUGUCAGCCUGUGAGCUGAGCCCCACCUCUGCUGUCUCAUUUGGCCUGUGGAGGGGUAGCCGGGGGUCAUGAAAGGAACACUGGGCUGGGAGUCAGGGGGUCAGAGGUCCCUCCUGCCUCUGGCACACACCGGCUGUGUGACUUUAACCUACUCCUUUCCCCUCUCUGGUCCUCGGCUUCCCCCGCCAGGGAGCGGGUGGGAUCGGUGAUUUUCUAGGCGUGAGCGGCUGUUCUAGGAGUCACUAAAAAGAGAAAAUGAAGCUUAGGAUCCCACCUGAGAGUGGGGCUCUGUCCUCUCCGUGACCAAGUCUGCCAUCCUUGACCCCAGCCUGGCCUUCACCUUCGUCCCUUUCCCAGCUGAGGCGGGAGAGCCAGCGAGGGAGGCGUGGGCACUCCCAAGGCCCUGGCGCCUCGUUCUCAGGACACUGGCUGCCAUGCUGGACAGAAGUCCCAGGGGCUGGACUUUCAACAGGCUCCUUCAGAGCAGGGGCAGGGUUAGCAUGUCCUGCCAAGCCCAGGGAAAGGCAAAAGAACUUUCCAGCAGGCACCACUGUCUAAAGAUAGAAAGACACACCUAUAGCUGGGACUCAAGCAUUACAAAAGCAAUCUAUGUAACCUAAAACAUUUGUACCAUCUUAAUAUUUUGAAUUAAACUAAAUAAAUAAAGAUAGAAAGAGCUGCUGCCCCAGGA